CAAUAGUUCCUACAACUCUCAACAACUAAAAACUGUUUAUAUAUUAUUCAGGGAUCAAGAUGGCAGUGGUUUUUUUUUGUUUUUCAAAGCCAAAGCAAAAUUAUUGUAGGAAGGUUAGAAAAUAUAAAAUGUUAUCUAUGCAGUGUGUAUUUAUUAAUGAUCUAAUUUUAUGAAUAAGCAAAUAUUAAAUAAGGGUUAGAGUUUUCAAAUUUUGUAGGUUUUUUAUUAUGUAUUGAUAUAAGAACGUUUUUUUUUUGUUUCUGAACUCUGAAGUAUUUCCAAUUGAAAUGCCGACACUUAUUUCAAGACAAUUUAAAAAGAUAUGGGCCUUCCAACCUUUACUGAGACAUUUUUCUUCCGAGGCUACAGUUGCUGCCACCACCAAUGUCAAUCGAAAACGGCCAGUUGCCCUGCGUACACCAGCGGAUCCUCUGACUCACUCGGAAAAGGACAUCGGGCACUCGUACAUAAUUCCUCAGCAUGUCCUGUCCAGCUUCUUUGCCUUGGGUGGCAUUCCGAAGACGUUCGCCUCCAACAUCCAAACAUUUAACGAGGCGGCCAUCAUGAUUCGGCCGCACACCAUCGAACUGCUUAACUACCUCAGAAACGCAAACUAUUCCCAUCCACCCAUCAGAUAUGUGCUCUACGGCAAACCGGGCUGCGGUAAAACAAUGACCUGCACUCACAUCCUACACUACGCUCAUCUGUCCGGAUUUAUUGUCGCACAUAUACCCUGGGUUUGGAAUUGGUAUAGGAGAAGUCGUAACGAGGCUGUUUCGUCUGAAACAAAGCCGGGACUUGUGAAUAUGCCUAUCGAGGGAAUGAAUUGGCUUAAAUACUUUCUGUCGCAGAACGAAGAGAAAAUCCUCAAAGCAAAUUUGCGCACUUCGAAAGAGUACGUGUGGAGUUCGAGGGAGACAACGCCAGCCGACACUUCGCUGUUAGACCUGAUCCAGCAUGGCAUCGGGCGCAUCAAGUAUUCCUGUGACGUGGUUGAUGUGCUCAUUGACGAGCUCAAGCUCAACUCCACCAAUAACAAAUGCAAGAUGAUGAUAGUGGUUGAUGGCUUCAACGCGUUUUUUCUGCCGUUCUCCAAUUUGAAGAAAGAGGACAGGACUCGUGUCCUGCCAGAUCAGGUCACUUUGGCGCAGACUUUCUUCAAAGCCGUACAACCUGAUUGGUGUAAUGGAGCCGUAGUGCUAACCGUAGAUCAGUUCAACACCAGAGAAGAACAUCCUCUAGAAACUCCGUUGUAUUUGCUAAAGAAAAGAGGCCUAGAAGUGAUCGACCCCUUUAUCCCGAUCGAGGUACCCAAUUUGUCGAAGUUGGAGUUCAACAACCUGCUCGAUUACUACGAGGAUCGACUCUGGAUCCAGAGACCGGGCGCCCGGGAUGAGCUCGAGUUUCUCAGUGUCAGAAACCCCUACCAACUGUUCCAGCUGUGUGCGCCUCUUUAAUCAAUGCAUUUCAACAGUUAAUUGUAUCUACUUAUAGUGUAUUAAUGUGUGUUAUUAAAAAUGACUGUUUAGAAA